CCUUUCCCUGAGGUUCUACUCCUUCAUUGCAUAUUAGGUUCUAAUUUGAGGCUCCCGUAUGCCGUUGCCCCAGGUUACAUUUAGAAGUACAGAGGAAGCAAGAAUAUGGCUACCACUGCGUACAGAGUUUAUCCUAAUGAACCAGUAUUUCUCGGGUGGCUUUGACUAUUUUGGCCUCUACUAACAGCUAGAGACGCCGUUAUCCUUACCUUGGUCCUAUGAACCGUCUUAUACCUCCUUACUGGGCUUCCAUUAACGGUAACUGCGAUGACUUCAGACGCGCUUAGAGUUGUUGCCGCACACAGGCCGCCCUUCGUCUUUGCUAUUAAUAGCACCGAUGGCCGAAUUAACUUUUCUGGAAUGCUGGUCGACUUACUUCAAAAGAUUUUGUUGGACGGCAACAGUACACUUCAAUACAACUUUUAUUUAUCGCCAACCAACGCCGGCGGGUCUUCCACAGGAGGUGCGUGGAAUGGCGUGGUCGGUGAGCUUGCUGCCAACCGUGCCGAUGUGGCGCUGUUUCCGCUAACGAGAACAGCAGCUCGCCUUGAGGUCAUUGAUUGCACCUUCUCAUACUUGGACCAAGGACUCUCACUGCUCGUAAAGAAUGCCGUGGAUGGCCCCGGGCCGCUGUCAGUGCUGGCUCCCUUUCGAAUGACGCUGUGGGUCACACUGCUGUGCACCGUCAUUGGUGUAGCGCUCAUCUUUUGGGGCCUAGACGUGUACGGCAGAUGGAUCCGGACGAAGCAGAUGGAGGCGCUCAGAGAGUCGGGGCUCAUAUCGGACACAGCGGUGGCCAAAUUCAAUGGAGAGGCACGCAGCCACGUGCUGACCAGCUUCAUGGCGGUCGCGGGGGCGCCGGAGCGGCCGGAACGCUCCAGUUGGGGCGUGCAGGUGCUGUACGUGGUGUACUGCUUCUUCUGCCUCAUCGUGCUGUCCGCCUACACCGCCAACCUCACAUCCUUCCUAGCCGUGCAAAGAGCAAGCUCAGGCGUGUCAGGGCUGCAGGACCUUGUUCGCGGUAAUCUGCAGCUCGGCGUCAACCCCAGCGGCUCCACGGCCGCCUACUUUUCCAACAGUCGUGACACGCUGGCAAUGCAGCUGCAGCCCAACAUCCGCUACUGCGACUCCGCUACCUGUGUGUCCUGGCUUCGCUCGGGUGCGAUCGCCGGCUUCGUGAGCGACCAGCCCGCGUUGGCGUACCUGGCGCAGCAGCAGCCAUGCGACCUGGCAGUGGUGGGGGACCCGUUCGGACCAGGCAACCUGGUACUUGGCCUACAAAAAGGCUCCCCGCUUCUUGACAUGUUCAACAAAGCAUUACAGCGCUUUUCUGAGGACGGCACGCUUACAGCGCUGCGUCGCGCCUGGUUCGACGGCCUGAGCCAGUGCGACUCGACUGGCUUGCAGCUGGACAACAGCCAACUGGACGUGGGGCACAUGCUGGGGGCGUUCGUGUUUCUGCUGAUGGGCGUGGUGGCGGCGUUCGUUACCGGCACUGUGGAAAACCUCAAGUGGUGUCUGGCUCGGGCCUACAAGCACCAGGUGCGGUUCAAGAGUCCGAAAGCAGCAAAUUUGAUCCUUGAUCCUUAUUAGUUGGGCUAGUAACCAGCAAACAGGUGGAAGCUCAGAGGUAAAUAGCGGCAAAUCCUUCUCUGCACUGCAGAGACCAGAAGUAGCAUAGCAGGGAUAGCACAGUAGGCACAAUGCUGACGCUUUCCUGCACAGGAGGUAUUUAGCGCCUUGGACCGCGAAGGGCCUGUCGGUGCUUUAUGCUGCACACAAUGCCUGCUACCUCCACUCCAAC